AACUGCGAGUUGUUAACACUGGGUGUUUUUACAGGACGUCUGAACGAUGCACUACUUCCUGAUUAUUUGGACCCUCAUUUUCUCAGUACAUCAGACUCAAUGUUGUAAUGCCGGUGACGGAUACUUCGGCUGGGUAUGUGACACAACAACUGGAUGCUUCUGUAAACAGGGUCAAACGUGUCAGAAGACUCUGUCCCCAAACUGCCCUAGUCACUGUGUGGACAACCCCUGGGGGAUAGGGUGUGUGGACGAAAAACUAAAUCUAGCCCUUGAAAAGCCUACAAAACAAUCAAGUAAUCACACAGAUGGGUACCCAUCAUUAGCAGUAGACGGAAACAACAGCACUGAUGUCUCUAUGUGCGCAAGAACAAACCAAGACACUAACCCGUGGUGGCAGGUGGAUCUGGGAGGUCUCUACGUCAUCCGCACUGUGGCGGCUAUCAUGCCAAACAACUGUCAAACAGAUGCAGGUAUCACCCUGUAUAUUGGGAAUGAUACGACUCAACAAGGGAACACACAAUUAUCAAACAUGUGUUCUUUCGAGCUACUGGUGAAUCCUCCAGCUCUAGGUCGCUAUGUCAAGUUCUCAAAAUCUGGAUCUCAGUCUUUACAGCUGUGCGAGGUCAAUGUUCGAGGGUAUACAUAUCCAUAUAACAUAGCUUUUGGGAAGACUGCUAGCCAGUCUAGUUUUAUUCGCCACAAAGGAGUGAAUUGGAUAGCGAAAUACGCCAUAGAUGGCAAUACAGACACGGAUUUCGAUGGUGGAAGUUGCUCACACACAAAUGUUGAACACAACCCAUGGUGGAAAGUUGAUCUUGGCGGCACGUUCUCCAUCUACUCCGUGACAUUAGUGAACAGGGCAGGCGAAAGCGGUAAGAAUUUGAAGAAUAUUGAAAUCAACGCAGUCUCACCAAACAACACAUCUUACCAUUGUGCCAGUCGAGUGGAACACUUACCGCCAGGUGGCACCGUGGAACUGCCCUGUAAUACUGCACCUAUAGUGGGACAGUUUGUGAGGAUCAGUCUGAAUAACAAUCCCGCAAAUGAAUUGACUCUCUGUGAGGUGAUGGUGAAAGGAUAUAAAUACCAAGAAUGUGCUAAUAGUAAGACGUUUGGUCCAGAAUGUGGAUACGAAUGUAACUGUAAGAACACAGCAGAGGUAUGUGACAGGCGUACAGGUGCUUGUGGGUCUGGUUGUGCGAAUGGUUGGAGGAAUCAGGAGAACGUUUGUCAAACAGAGUGCCCUAGUGGGACAUUUGGACAAACAUGUGGAUAUACGUGUCACUGCAGAGACGACUUUGCCUGCAGUAUAACAAAUGGCUUUGCAUGUCCCCGAGGAUGUCAAAGAUACUGGAAAGACAAUGGAUGUCAUCAAGAAAGACCGCAUUUAGAGAAAGCCCCUACAGUGACAUCUAAAACGGUACACUCUGUCAACAUACGCUGGGACAGAUGGUCCUCAGAGAGUGGCCAAGGUGUAGGAAGCGUACGCUCUUACAUCGCCAGAGCCUGGAAAGACAGUCAUGCUGUUGAUAAUACCAAAACAUUAUCUGCCAAUGCAAAGUCUGCCACCAUUGAAAACCUCUUCGAGUACACCGAGUACAACUUCACUGUAUCUGUAGAAGACGAAGAAGGGCAGGAGGGGAAACCAAGUCCUAGUAUAACCAGUCGGACAUGUGGAACUCCUGUAAUUAUACCACAACCAGUUCUAAGAGCUUCCUUGAAAGCACAUUGGAAUGCUUCGCAGAUUACAAUACGAACACAGGGAAUGACGGAAGCGGUUCACAGGUGUGAUGGAUUCAGGAAGCUAAAACUGUCCGUCAGAGGAGAGUUCGGGGACAACAUCAAUGUGGAAGUAAUGGAUGUUAAACAAAGUCAGGACAUUUUGAUAGAAAACCUCAUUCCCCACAGCAAUUAUACAGUCAACUUAUCAGCGGUGAAUAAUCUGAAUCUUGAAGGUCCAGUGUUCACACUUUACGGGCUCACACCGGAGGGAGUUCCACCAAAAAUGGAACCGCCUACCGUUGUAAGUCGAGGUGACGACGCCGUAGAGUUGUACUGGGAAGCACCACGACCUCCAAGGGGAAUAAUAACUGAAUACGAUAUAGGAUAUGCAAUUAGAGGAGAAAACUGGAAAGAAGCUAUCGUGAACCCCGGGAUUCGCGAGAAAUCUAUAGAAAACCUCCGACACAACAAAACAUACCGGUUUUGGAUUCGUGCAAAGACCAUCAUAGGUUAUGGAGAUUAUAGUGACAUCAUAGAAACCAUAACAGUUGCAGGAAAACCUGGACCACCUACUAACUUCACCACUACACGCAGGUCGGUCACAUCUUUAGAACUUUCAUGGAGAGAACCAUUUAUCAGGAAUGGGAUUAUAACUGGUUUCAAGAUUGAAUGCUACGCAGAUGGUAAUAUUGACUUACAUGUACAACAGAAUCUCACCAUGGCUACAAGAAGUCAUGUUUUCACAAAUUUGGCAGCGGGGACUAGGUAUACGUGUAGUUUGAAAGCCAGAACGUCGGCAGGGUAUGGGGAUACAUCACAGCUGGUCACGUGGACACAUCCUAAAGCGUCAAAUGUACCUGCAACUGAAAUUCCGGAAGAAACACCACCGAACAGAAAGAGCACUGUCGGUGUUGUCGUCGGCGGAGUUGUUGCAGCCAUAUUGGUGGUGGCAGGUGUGGCUAUCGCAGUUUUGGUAUAUAUGAGAAGGCGGAGGCUUGGAUGCGAAGCCCACCGUUCAAGUGGUGCACCUAGUAGAGAAAUGACGACGUUAAAUCUAAAGAAAGACAGAGAAGAUUACGAAUUUCCAAAUAACCCUAUGCCGGAAAACCCCUAUAUGGAACUCAGCUGGGAACACUCGGAUGACAGUGUGGAGCAGGACACAGAUAUUUCUAUAGAUGACAUCUUCAAAGUUAUGAAGACGAAAAACUGGGAAACGCUGAAAGCGGAGUUUGAGAAAUUGCCAACAGUAUUCACUGCAAAAUGUGUCGUGGGCCAAAAGCCGGAAAAUCACACGAAGAAUAGAUUUGAAACUAUUAUGCCAUACGACCACUCCCGAGUUGCGCUCAGUCUGCUACCUGAUGACCCCCAUUCUGAUUACAUCAACGCUAACUAUAUAGAUGGCUAUGGACAAAGAGGAGUAUAUAUCGCCUCUCAAGGUCCGAAACCAAGUACCGUGAAGGAUUUUUGGCGAAUGGUCUGGCAAGAAGAUUCACCUCUGAUUGUCAUGUUGACCAACUUGACGGAGGAUGCUAAGGCAAAGUGCGCUAACUAUUGGCCAGAGAAAGACAGCAAACAAUUUGGUUUCAUAGCCGUGACUUUAAAGAAGGUAGAGACUCACCCAGACUUUACAGUGCGAACGCUGCGUGUAUCUAUGUCUAAUUCUUCCACCAGAACAGUGCAACAAUUCCAUUUCACCGGCUGGCCUGACCAUGGAGUGCCCCUAGACGCCUCAGCAUUGGUGCGGUUCCGAGAGAAGGUCAAAGGCUAUCAGAGAACGGUGCAAUGUCGAGGUCCCAUCAUUGUUCAUAGCAGUGCUGGUGUUGGUAGGACUGGGACAUUCAUCGCCCUGGACUACCUGUUAGACCAAGCCAAGGCUGAAGGGAAGAUCAACAUAUUCAACCUUGUUCAACAUAUGAGACGUUCACGUCCGAUGAUGAUACAGACGGAGGAACAAUACUUCUUCAUCCACGACACCAUAUUGGAGGAGCUGUAUUGCGGGAUCACGACCGUACCGGUGCAGAAAUUGCAGUCAUAUUUUCAUAGACUAAUGCAGUUGGACAGUAAAUCUGGUCUGUCAAAGUUAGAGAAAGAGUUUGCUGUUCUUCAACACAUGUUUGAUGGAUAUGAUGACGCCAGCAAAUCAGCAUUGGAUCCAGCCAAUGUGAACAAAAACCGUGUCAGGAACAUUACCUCAGCAAACGGAUGCAGAUCCUUAAAUUGCGGUGCUGACAUCAUCAAUGCUGUCUUCAUCGAUGGCUACCGCCGUGCUGAUGCCUUUAUCGUGACACAGACGCCUUUACCUGAUACUUUGGUGGACUUCUGGAGAAUGAUCUAUGAUCACAAUUCUGCCACAAUAGUCAUGGUGAAUGAAGCGACAGAUUUGGCAAAAACAGAUAAAAUGUACGUGCCUAUAUCCUAUGGGCCUUUCACAGUGGAAGUGAUAUCUACGCACGAUAUUGGGAAUUCUUGUGCUGUCAAGGAUUUGACGUUAAAAAGUAGAAAUGGGACUAACAAAGAGCCGCGCAAGAUACGCCAGUUCCAGCUCCAAGGGUGGAAGACAUCGGAUCCCACACCGUCCUCAACAGAAGCACUCUUAGAACUAUUAGAUGGCGUGCAAAGCUGGCAGCAGCAGAGUGGAAACACUGUCAUAACUAUACACUGCAUGAACGGAGCCCACCAGAGCGGCAUUUUCUGUGCCGUGUCCAGAAUAUUAGAGAAGAUGAAAGUGGAACAACAGGUGGACGUGUUUCACACAGUCAAAGCCGUGCGAAUUAACAGACCACAGUUCAUAGACAGUUUGGAACAGUACAGGUUCUGUUAUGCUGCAGUAGAAGAGUACGCCAGGAGAUUUGACAAUUAUGCCAACUUCCAUAUGUAACAUUGCACACUAUUUGUACAUGUGCUAGUAACCUUGCAAGGUUUUAUGUACAAACUGCUGAAAUAUAAGCAGUUAUUCGGAAUUGGAGACGAAUUUUCCCAAUGUUUGUGACCUAUUGCACCUACGUUUUGUGUCAUUCUUAGCCACUGCUUUGAAACAUAAAUUGCACUAGAGUGGAUACUUUUUUCAUAAGUAGUGCCUAUACUCUAGAUAGAUUUUUUACCAGUACUUGUAACAUGUACCCCUGGAGAUCUACUCUGUAGUGCGGUUUAACGCUAAAAGAAGUCCUUUCGUUCCUUUAUCAGACUAGAAAAUCAAUCGCCCACGCACCGACAUGCUCAUUCAAGAGACGAGCUAGGUAAAAAAACUGCUAAUAGUUGAUAAAUACGCAUAACAACGCAAUGUCAUUUAUGUGGUAUGGGGUUAUUUCAGGCUGUGCAUAAACGAAUAGAAUUUAGUUUAACGCGUAUUGAUAACUGAGUUGUAGUGGCCUCACUUAUUUAUAAGCUCACCAAAAGCCAGCAUGAAGCAAUUAUUUAUCUCAGUAUAUUUACUAAACGAUGAUCGAUGUCUAACGUAAAGAUUUAGAUUAACCCUUGCACAACGAAGGUUCACCUAACACAAUUAGCGCAAUGGCAUAUUUCCCAAUCACAUCGAAAAUUGUGCUUUAUUUGCUUUUGCAUGCUUUUUCUCAUUUCUAUUUGAAUCACUUAAUGAUUAAAAUUGUGUAAUGUUCAUAAUAUGCAAAUAGCAAAAUUCUUUUCAAAUAUGUAUAGGUUUCGUUAUUCGUUAAAAAUUGACGUCGUUUAGAGGUAUAUGCUAAGGGAAAUAUGUAGAUGCUCAUAUAUGUGCAUAACCAAAUAUGGUUACUUUGAUCAGAAACGACUGAGAUAAAUUGCUUUGCAGAGAAAAAAUAAAAUCGACCGGACUGAAUGCCUGUAUCUUUCCACCUUGUCUCCCUUGUCCAGUUAGUAUCCGACACAUGUAUAAUAAUAAAAAUAUUCUAAACCAAAAUUCUAGGCCAUGUCCAGUUUUAAGUUUCGAAAAACUGCUUUAAAACAAAGAUGCAUAACAAGUUUUAUUAUAUAAGGAUUUUUAUUGAUAGACAAACACACUUGAUUAAAGAUUAAGAGAACAAUAAAGUCUAUUUGGUACAUUAUUAUUCAACAACACCCUAUUUGGUUAAUAAUCUAACUCGGCUCAUGAUUUCGUCAUAUAUUUAUGUGCUAAUAUUUUUUAACGUGUAUUAGGACUAUUCGCGUUAUACCUAAACUUUACCAAUGACAUAUCAUUUUCCUUUACUUGUGCGUGUGCGUACAGGUAAUUUCAUGGGCUCCAUUAACUUCUCGUUGUACGUAUCCAUGCAUGUGUUUACAUCAAAAUCUUUUACCUUGCCCUUUCAUGAAAAACAA